AUGAUUCAAGAAUUUGGUUUGAACACCGAACAGGCCAGGGCUUUCUCGCUGAUAGCUAAUCAUUCCAUUCAAAGUUGUGGUGAUUCUCUGCACAUGUUCUUAGGAGGUCCAGGUGGCACUGGCAAAUCACACGUAAUUACUGCCAUCCAGGAAUAUUUCAAAUGCCGUAAUGAAGGCAAUCGUUUUCGACUUGUGUCGUAUAUGGGUGUAGCUGCUCGCAAUAUAUCUGGAAUGACAUUACAUUCAGCUCUUCUUUUAAAUCAGCGAAGA